GCGGGCCCUGGACCGGGCCCGGCCUCAAUCUCCUCCGCCGCUGCCAUUCCGCACUCCCUCCCCGGCCGCCGAGCCGAGCGGAGCCCAGCCCCGGUGCCCACCAACCCCCGGUGCCCACCGCCCCCGGCCCCCCGGCUCCCCUAUCAUGCCCGGGCCCCCCCGGGUCGGAGCCGACACGAUGCCCGGCGAAGAGGGCGGCGGGGGCGAGGGCGAGGGCGAGGGCGAGGUGCCCAUGCUGAUCCCGGACGGGGAGCCUCUCCGGGAGGAGCAGCGACCCUGAAACCGUCUCUGGGCGUUUCCCUGGUGUCGCGAGUCCCACUGGAAGUGCCUCCUCCUCACGCUGCUCAUCCACUCGUGCGGGGCGGUGGUGGCCUGGUGGCCGGCUGGCCCGGGUCCCCCGGCUGGCCCCGGCCCCGGCCCCGGCCGCGGGUUCGGCCCGCCGCCCACCUACGCGGCCAGCCCCUGCUCCGACGGCUACCUGUACAUCCCCCUGGCCUUCGUGUCGCUGCUCUACCUGCUGUACCUGGCCGAGUGCUGGCACUGCAGGCGCGCCAGGCCCGGGCCCCGCGCACGGGACGCGGGCACGGUGCAGGCCCUGGUCCGGCGGCUGCAGCGGGCCCCUCCCUGCGUCUGGUAGGCCACCAGCUACCACUACGUGCGGCGGGACCCGCCAGGUGACCCCGCUACCCGCAACGGCGACGCCUACACCACCACCCAGGUCUACCACGAGCGGGCCGACAGCCGCACGGCCCGGGGCGAGUUCGACUACGCGGCCCACGGCGUCCCGGACGUGUCCAAGGAGCUGGCCGGCCUGGCCGACCACCCGGCCACCCGGUUGCGCUUCACCAAAUGCUUCAGCUUCGGCAGCGCCGAGGCCGAGGCGGCCUACCUCACCCAGCGGGCCCGCUUCUUCGGCGCCCACGAGGGGCUGGACGACUACCUGGAGGCCCGCGAAGGCAUGCACCUGAAGGACGUGGACUUCCGCGAGUCGGUCCUGGUCUUCGCCGACCCCCGCCGCCCGCCCUGGCACGCCCGGGCCUGGGUCUUCUGGCUGGCCUCGGCCGCCACCCUGUCCUGGCCGCUGCGGGUGGCGGCCGCCGCCGGCACGGCCCACGUCCACUACCGGGUGGAGAAGCUCUUCGGGGCCGGCUCGCCCCCCGCCCGCCCGCCGCUGGCCCGGGUGGCCACGGUGGACUUCCCCGAGCUGGAGUGGAACAUCUGCUCCAACCGCCAGCUGGUGCCCAGCUACUCGGAGGCCCUGCUCAUGGGCGGCCCGGGCUCGGCCGCCUUCCUGCGGGGCUGCCGUCGCUGCCGCCGCUCCGGGAGCAGCGCCUCGCUGCCCUCCGCCCACCCGGGCUCCCGCCUGCCCUUCAGCCGCAGCCGCCUUCUCCCUGGGCGGGGUGCGGGGCCGGGGGCCGGGGCCGGGGCCGGGGCCGGGCCCGCCGCCCCGGGGCUCUUCCGCAGCCUCAGCGGGGGCCCCCUGGGCCGCAGGGCCGAGGACGCCCGGCCCCUGGAGAGCCCCCCGUCCUACCGGGACGCCUUGGACUAUCCGGUGCUCAAUCGUCCACCGGGACGCCGGUGCCGGGGCGACGGGGGACGCCAGGGACCCUUCUGAGGACGAGGAGGACGAGGCGGUGGAGCCCCCCGCCCCCCGGCCGGACCUGGCCGGGAGGGUGGACGGGCGAAGGGCGGGGGCGGGGAAG